AUGGCGUUCUCUCCCGGCACCACCCUCGUCGCCGCCGCCGCCGUCGCCGUCAUCGCCUUGAAUAUCAUCACUUCCCCGUCGACGGUUCACUUUUCAGACAAGACCCUCUGCUUCACGGCUUGGCUGCUCGCCGCGGCGGCGAACCCCUUCGCUGAGCUGGCCGUCAUCGCGGGAGAAAGCGAGGUAUGCUACACCACGGCAACUGGAUCCCAGACCAUGGUCGACGAAAGCCCGUCGACCGAGGCGCUGUACCAUGCGGCUUCCUAUCCCCGUUGUAACAAGACGACCCCGCUCAUCUGCGAGGCUUUGUCUUGCCCUCUCGUAUACGCGCCAUCCUUGGCAGUACUCGUCAUGGUCGAAAUGAUCAUCCACCUAGACGGCAACGUUGCCCAGGACUAG